AUGGGGCUCAUUGUGUGGUUCCGACAUGAUGAAGAUGAACAGGCGCCUAGCCCAUGCCCAUUCACCCUUAUGUAUGGCACAACCUUGUGGGAGGUGUUUAGAUGCGACGAUGCAAUCAACGCAUUAUUCAACAACGCCAUGGCCGCAGACAGCCACUUCUUGAUGCAGAUUGACUUGAAGGAGUUCGGCGAGGUCUUCCAUGGGAUAUACUCACUGGUCGACAUCACCAACGGGGUUGGGGGAGCCACCAUGGCCAUUGUGGCGGAGUUUCCAUGUUUUAAGUGUACCAUACUGGACCUCCCUCAUGUUAUCGCCAAGGGUCCUUCCAGUUCUAUUGGCAACGUGUAG